UAUUGCUGUUUUAAGUGGCGAGCGAGCGAGUGUAAGGCAUUGUAAAAUAAUGCGGCAGGGGUGGUGCUGUGAUGCGCUAUAAACAGAUAUGGUUUGACUGGCGCUAAACUGUAAGAUUGCACUGUGUCUACGAAUUCGGGACAAAUGCCGUCCCGGAGGCAUUAAGCCCAGGACCGGGACUUGAUCUUUACAUUUCGGGACUGUCCCGCCCAAUUAGGGACGGGUGGUCACCCUAGGUCGCCAACAUUUCUGUAGCGAAAUUGGUCUUCUGGGUGUUUUUGCCCGCAAAUAUUUCUUAGUUUAUUUAUAGUAUGUGACGUAGAUCUCGGGGAGUAUGUUUGUCCAGACUUCUGUUAUGCGUUUUGACUGUCACCGGUCAAGAAUGGUAAUUGGGCCUAUGCUUAAUACUAAUAGAGUGAGCGCAUUUAUUAUUUUAUGAAAUUGUAAAUAUUUUAUGAUUUGUAAAUGUUCUCUGGUUAAAGAACGCCCCAUUUUGUUCAUAGCAAUUAAACACCGUCUCCGUUCUGUACGGUACUCGUGAAAUCUCUCUUUCAAAAUACUGUAGUCACAAUUAUUAUGCUAUUCGUAUUAUCAUAACCUGGGUCAUAAAUCAACUGGAAAUUAUUGAAACCAACCCCAUUCCAAACUUCUUUUACGCAUGUAAUGAGGGACCCCGUUCCCUCAGUUUGAAAUAAAUAAAACAGCAACAGGAAAUGGGAGGCUGCUGUUCUGGACCCCCUGCCCAGCCGGAAGAAGCGAAAGGAUUGUUGGUUACAGUUGAAAAUGAGCAGGAUUCCACCUCCAAGAAUCAUGUGGAGACCCAAGCAGAGGCACGGGGGGAAUUAACAGACGCUCCAUUACAGUCAGAUAAGGAAGAUGAACAUCUUUAUAAUGGUGUUCAUGACAAGAGCCAGGAGAAUAAUGAAGGAGUCACACCAGUCGACAGGGUGGCAGAGGGUGGUGUAGUAAAGCCAGCAUGCUCUGAAACUGUGGCUGUGCACCAAGAAAGCGAAUCUAUCAGUCUGCCAAAGCGGAAGACACUGGCAGCUGGCCCGGAGCACACAGCACAUACAGCUUUUGCAGGGAGUGUUACUGAAGCCACAGUAACCCAGGAAGAACACAAGCAGCCUGCCAGCAGUGCAGAGACUAAAUCUGAGAAAUUUCCUGCGAUUGAGAAAAUAAAUCAAACUGCUUGCAUUGAUAAUUUGCGAAAUGGACCUGCGGGGUUAGUCAGUGAUGCAGUGCAGGAAGACAAAAGCGGCUCCAUAACAGAGGCAGUGGGUGAAGAUUACCGCAGUCUUGCCUGCAGUUCUAAAAGCGAUGCUAUAAGACUUACAGAGGAGUCUGAGAGGAAUGAGAGAUCUGGUCUCUUAAUCAGUCAAACUAUACCUUGUAUUCCCAGCUGCACUGUGGAAGAAAACACUGCAGAUACCCAAGCAUUUGAAAGUCCAGAUCAACCGGACAGUGCUGUGGAGGUAAAUAUAGUACAGUCUCUGGAAGACAUUGGAGAGGAUCUAACAGAGGGAGGCAAAAAAGCUGAAGUUGAGGAAAGUGCUGUUGACAUGAAAGACACACAAUGGACACCCAGCAUAGAGAUGGAACUGGAGAGCCAAAGUGUAACCCAGGAAAAACCCAGUGCCCCAAAACCUCUGAAAUCUUUGGAUGAAAAACCCAUGAGAGAAAUGAGUGCUGCGGUCGAAGAUGAGGAUAACGCAAGUGAAGUUGAUCUGUAUCGUGGUGCCGAGGAGAUAGAAGAGGAUCAGCUGGAAAAAAAUGGAGCUAAGGGUGUAGAUGAUUUUAUGGAUAAGUGCAGCAUCUCUCCAGAAGUGGACAUUUUGAUAUACAGUGAAAAUGAGUGGAGAGGGAACACUGCCAAAAGUGCACAGAUUAAAAAGGCCUAUGAAGAAGUUCAUAAAAGUUUCAGUAGGCUUCGGAGAGUGCGAGGAGAUAAUUACUGUGCACUGCGGGCAACACUUUUCCAGGCAUUGAUCCAGAGUAAAGAAGUGCCAGCCUGGCUUCAGAGAGAAGACUUUAUCCAGCUGCCUGAAAAGUUAGCCUCCUGUUAUGACUGGCUCAGGCAGUGGAGGUUUACACAAGAGUAUGCAAAUGGAAAUUGGAUGGAAUUGCUAAAAGGACACAUGCAGCUUCUAAAGAGAAAGUGGUUGGCUGUGGUGGAAUCCUCCAGUGCAGAAGAAAGACAAGCCGUGUGUGAUGAGAUCUUCAGGAAUGAAGAGGAGGAGUACAGUUUGCUGGAGGCUGUGAAAUUGCUGAUGUUGAAUACUGCUAUUGAACUGUACAAUGACAUGCAGCAGGAGAAGGACGUGCCCAUUUUCUGCUGGCUCUUGUUUGCUCGGGACAGUUCUGUUACCCCCUGCACAUUCCUCAGCAACCACCUCAAUCAAGUGGGCUUCAGCGGCGGACUCGAGCAGGUCGAGAUGUUUCUCCUGGGCUAUGCACUGGAACUGACAAUUAAUGUGUACAGGCUUUACAAAUUUGAAACUGAUGAGUUUCUCACAUUUUACCCUGAUGAUCACAAGGAAGAUUGGCCGGUGGUCUCGCUCAUCACAGAGGAUGACAGACACUACAAUGUCCCGGUCCAAAAGCAAGACACAGCCAGGUUAUAGCUCUCGGCCUUCGCUCCUGCCAUUGCUCUUUCACCUGCAGUGAAGGAGUCAGUCUAGCAUGGCUUGAGCUGCAUUGCAGCUGUUAAUAAUUAAAAGGAGACAAGGAAAAGAUUUGGAGCUUGUUAAUUAUGCAUGUUCUUAAUUUCAGUGUAUACGUAUGAUCAAUGGGCCCACGUUUUCGCUAAAUGGUUGCCUGCCAACGAUGUAUUUUUGGAGUCAUUUUCAACAUCAAAUUUCUUGACAGGGUUUUUUUAACGUCCCCUGCAGGGAUAUAAUGGAGGCCCAUGUAUGUGACACUUACAUUUUAGAGAACCGCUUAUACACUUAGACUUUGUAAAGAUAUUCUUGAGCCUCCGUAAUUGAGUGUAUCAGAAUAUGGGGAUAUAAAGAUGAUCCUGUCUGUAUGUACAGUGUGUACAAAUGGUACAUGCAUUUUACUUGUUCACCCAGUUGUAAUUAAACUUGGUAUGAACUGUCCUUGGCACACAUUCUUGAUGAUAAUGUCCUAUUAUCUGUUUGGAUUAUGAAGGUUACAUCUUCAGAACCACUCCUGACACAUUUUUUUAAAAACUUUACAUGUCUGUUUGUUACAAGAAGUUACUUCACAGACUGUAAAUAUAUUUCAUGGUACUGGCGCCUCAUUGAUUUAAUUUAGUGAAGGCUAUAAACUGGGUAUCCCUUUCCAGUUUUUUAGUAUGCAUAGCCCUUUAAGAAAUUCUGCUCUGUGUCUAGUGGAUGUAGGUCAUCAUGAUCUACUUUUUCGUGAUGUUGAUAACUUGAUUUCAAUGACUCUUAGGAAUGUGUAUUUCAGUAUAGUGGAGCCCCUGUGUUCUGUAGCCAGGUUUUGACUUCUAGUAAUAGUAAAGCAUGUUAAGACCCACUCUGUAAAAUAGUAUAUAUAUAUAUAUAUAAUUAAAACAAACAAGCUAUGA